UCUCAAUUUUCGCUGCUGUCCAAAACCCACAGGGCAAGCCGCAAACGCAUAAAGAAAACUGAACUUAAAAAGAAAAGCAAGAAAAACGGUAUUAAGUCGGGAAAGUCAAAGUGCAAAAAAAAACACUGAGAAAGUGCAAUUGAUAAUUUAUUCGGACUAACAACUUAAACAAAUAUUUAAUCGAAUCAAAACUUUUGGACAACAUUAACUUCAGCUGUUUUAUAAAAAAAACUAAAUAAAUUCAAUUUUUUGUAUUCUGCGAAGAGAGUUUCGAGAGAAUGAAAAAAAACCUACUUCUCUUUACUUUUCACAGUUAUUAGUAGGGAGAUUCUUUAAACUGAUGAACUAUAUAGAAAUUUAUUACGAAAUACUAAGAACAGGUUAGAAAGCGGACCCGCCGCAGGAAAACAAAAAAGAACAACAACAACCGGGCGACUCAAAAUAAGUCGCCUUUUCAAUCUACCUCCGAGCAUAAACAAAAUCAUCAUUCUAAAAAGCACAAUAAAUAAAUGAGUAAACAACAAAACAUAGAAGAAAUCACAAAUCAACAAUAAAUAACAAAACGGAACCACAACAUCGAGCGGCUGGAAAAAUAGCGCCAUCUAGCGUCGGCGAGUAAAAGCAGCAGCUGACAGACAGUUGCCUUUUUUGCCCGUCACAAGAUGGCGUGCCUUAACACCCUGAAGCAGGAAAUCAAAACUCUGGAGAAGAUCUUCCCGAAGAAUCACGAGCGCUUUCAGAUCCUUAAUUCCAGUGUCGAUGAGCUGCUCUGCCGGUUUAUCGACAAGAAUGGAAAGCGCUACGACAUCCAUGCCAACAUAACGGAAACGUAUCCCUCGUCGCCGCCAGUUUGGUUCGCCGAAAGUGAGGAGACAAGCGUCACAAAUGCUGUUCAAAUACUUAGCAAUACAAAUGGACGUGAUAAUCACGUGAUUAAUCAGGUGGGCAUUCUGCUGCGUGAGCUGUGCCGACUACACAACGUUCCACUGCCACCUGACAUCGAUAAUUUGGCCCUGCCGCUGCAAACGCCGCCGCCAUCCGCUUCUCCACUCCGCUGCGACCAGAGACCAGGAGGCGGUGGAGCGGGGGGCGGUGGAGGACCGCACGGCAACGAGGAGACCGACUCGGAUCAGGAAGAGAUCGAGGAUCCCAUCGGCGAGAGCGAACAGGAGAGCGAGGGAGACGAGGACUUGCCGCUGGAAAUGGAUGAUGUACGAAGUACAAACAAGAAGGACGACAUGGAAGUGGAACACCUAGCAACUUUAGAAAGACUGCGUCAAAGUCAAAGACAAGACUAUCUAAAAGGUUCUGUUUCGGGUUCCGUGCAGGCUACCGAUCGCUUAAUGAAGGAACUACGUGAUAUUUAUCGAUCGGACGCCUUCAAGAAGAACAUGUAUUCAAUUGAGCUUGUCAACGAGUCGAUUUACGAGUGGAACAUACGCCUCAAGUCUGUCGACCCGGACAGUCCGCUGCACAGUGAUCUGUUAAUGCUCAAGGAGAAGGAGGGCAAAGACAGCAUACUGCUCAACAUCCUUUUUAAGGAGACGUAUCCCUUCGAGCCGCCCUUCGUGCGCGUCGUCCAUCCGAUUAUCUCAGGCGGCUAUGUGCUCAUCGGCGGUGCCAUCUGCAUGGAAUUGCUGACAAAACAGGGCUGGAGCUCGGCCUACACUGUGGAGGCGGUUAUCAUGCAAAUAGCAGCCACCCUCGUCAAGGGAAAGGCGCGCAUCCAGUUCGGGGCCACCAAGGCACUGACCCAGGGCCAGUACAGUUUGGCACGAGCCCAGCAGAGCUUCAAGUCGCUGGUGCAGAUACACGAAAAGAAUGGCUGGUUUACACCACCCAAGGAGGAUGGCUAAGGCAGAAGAGUCCCCAGACGCACAUCCUUUCUAGAAUAACGCAAGCCACAACCAACACAGACCCAUCUGAACACCCACUCACCGUCAGCAUUACCUUAUCCAUAUCCGCCAAGCACACAUCCCGCUCUCACUGCCGGUUUGAUCUGAUAUAUCUGAUAUCUGACCUGAUCCGGCCUGGUCAGCACCAUUAUGGACGGAGCCCCCGAAUUCAAGUGGAAGGCCCACAUUGUUUGCACGCGGUUUGCAUCGUUGAUGAAAGUUGGAUGAAGCGUCCAUCAUGCGCAUAUGUUUAAUUGCACUCGUAAACCAAAAACCGACUCGUUAAACACACUUUUAUAUUCACGGUUUACUGUUUCGUUGCAAGAAAUUCAUAUGUAUAUGCCCCAUUCGGGUUCUUCUUUGUAGUGUGUAGUCUUUUAACCACAUCCCCCGGCCUGAAAUUGUGUAUCUUGUACAGUGUCUUGGGAGCUGAUUAUUGUGGUGCAAAAUAAGCAUAGAAAUCAGCACCCGAAAGUGUAAAAUGUAAAGGCAAUACCUGUUAUGUAUAUGAAUAUAAUUUGUAAUUUAAAAAUGUAAAUGUAGUGGCUUCAAAACCUUCCAAACAAUACCCACAACCCCCACACACACUCCACACACACACACACACACACCCAUACACACGCCUAUAUUGUAAAACUAGUUAAGACGCCUAAUUGUAUUCUUAUUUUAAUUUUACAAAUCCGUGGUAUCUUAUAUUUUUUCUCUUUACUGGUAAGCAAACAACAAAAGAAUCGGAAAGUUGGCAAGAGAGUUGACGCGAUGUCGAGCGGAAUAGAUAUAUAUAUAUACCUAUACAUACAUAUAAAUAUAAAUAUACUUAAAUAUAAAGAUAUAUAUUAAAACUAGCGCGAGAGUUUAGCUUAAGCAGAAUAAAACAGAUCGAUGCGUCGAAGAUGAGCAAAUUCUAAGUGUAAAUUCGUCUUUCCAAAUAAUCGUAAAAUAACGUAAAUCUAAAUCUACACAACAAAAAAAAAAUUAAAAAGAAAAGAGCUAAACUAUAAAGCUAAAUCGAAAAGUUGGAGAACGAAAACCGAAAAAUAUUAGCAAGUGUAAUAUGCAUUAAAAUAAAAACAAAAAGAAACCUACAAGACGAGUUAAGGGCAACAGUUUUGGUGUCCCCAUUAUCAUUGUUUUUUUUUAAUAUUCGUACAACGGCAGACAAAAUUUCAAUGUACAUUUCAAAACAGAAAUUGGCAAGCAAGACGAAAUGUUCAUUUUAAGUAUGUAUUUAAUAAAGAAGGAUAUAUACAUGCAUAA